ACCCGUCUGCCAAGAGCAGCCUGUUCCCUCAGGGAGCAGAGGCUGCCCUUUGAUAGGGGGUUUGGGGUCGGGGAGUGGGCCUUCAGGGGUCUUAGACUGUCACAGGAAAUCCAGAAAGCCAUGCAGAGCCUUGAGCCAUGAAGGACUGCUCAGAUAUCAUCCUCUGUGUGGAGGCAACAGAGCUGAGCAAGAGCGAGUUCUGCAACCCUGCAUUUGAGCCCGAGUCAGGGCCGACUUGCUCCACCCCGGUCUUCCAGGAGGAUGCCAGCCGCAGCACCCGAGCUCCCUGGCACGGUCGGCGUCCCCGAGGGCUGCAGCCAGACUGCCACUUCUCCUGGCUGUGUGUCCUCCUGCUGGCCGGCCUGCUGCUCCUGCUGCUCGGGCUUCUGGUAGCCAUCAUCCUGGCCCAGUUGCAGGCUACCCCACCAUCCAGGGCCUCCUAUCAUCCGCUGCCUGCCCACGGCCUCACCACCACUGCCCCGCAGGCAACUGGGAGCCCUAAAGGACAGCAGGAGGCAGGCAUGAGCCCCACACCACAGUCCACCUGUGGGGGCCUCCUUCCUGGCCCAAGGGGUUUCCUCAGCAGCCCCAACUACCCAGACCCUUACCCACCCAAUGCUCACUGCGUGUGGCAUAUCCAGGUGGCCACAGACCAUGCAAUACAGCUCAAGAUUGAGGCUCUCAGCAUGGAGAGUGUGGCCUCCUGUCUUUUUGACCGCUUGGAAAUCUCCCCCGAACCAGAAGGCCCCCUUCUCAGAGUGUGUGGGAGGGUGCCUCCCCCCACACUCAACACCAACACCAGCCACCUCCGCGUGGCCUUCGUCUCCGACAGCAGUGUGCAAGGAUUCGGUUUCCAUGCCUGGUACCAGGCUGUGGCUCCUGGGCACGGGAGCUGUGCUCGCGACGAGUUCCCCUGCGACCAGCUCGCCUGCCUGCUCCCGGACUCAGUGUGUGACGGUUUUACCAACUGCGUGGACGGCAGCGACGAGAGCAGCUGCAGGGCCGAGUCUGCGGGGUGUGGAGGAAACCUGACUGGGCUCCAGGGCACGUUCUCUGCUCCCAGCUACCUGCAGCAGUACCCCCACCAGCAGCUUUGCACCUGGCAUAUCUCGGUGCCUGCAGGCCAUGGCAUAGAGCUUCAGUUCCACAACUUCAGCCUGGAAGCUCAGCACGAGUGCAAGUCUGACUACGUGGAGGUGUAUGAGACCAGCGACUCAGGGGCCCUUGGCCUCCUGGGCAGGUUCUGUGGAGCAGAGCCACCCCCUCGCCUCGUCUCUUCGCACCACCAACUGGCUGUGCUUUUUAGGACCAAUCAUGGCAUCAGCAGCGGGGGCUUCUCAGCCACCUACCGGGCCCUCAAUGCCACAGACAACUUCUGUGGGCCUGGAGCAUUCUCCUGCCAGGAUGGAGGGUGUAAGAGUCUGCAGUGGAUGUGUGACGCAUGGAGGGACUGCAUGGAUAACAGUGCUGACAACUGCAGCAGCCCCUGGCUCCCUGCCCCAGAGCCUAACAAGUCUGCCCUGCUACCAGAAUUUCCGGAGGCUCCUCUGUGGAUUGCUUGUGCCCCACUGCACCCCACUAGGCAGUGUCCUUCUCCCUUGCCGUUCUGUCUGCCAGGAGGCAGAGCGCCAGUGCCAGUCUGGCCUGGCACUACUGGGCACCCCGUGGCCCUUCAACUGCAACAGGCUGCCUGAGGCGGCUGGCCUGGAGGCCUGUGCCCAGCCCUGACCCUGAAGUGGGCCCCUGCCCUCUGCCUGCCUAUCCUCCUUUGCUUAUCAGGCUGGCAGGCAGGGGGACAAAGGAAAGGGGACCUGCAUGGACUCCACCCUGUGCCCUUGACAAUCUUCCCACCAGGCUGCUGUCCCUGAUUUCCUGUCUCCUGCCCUCCCCCUCUCCAUCUGCUUGUUUGGAUUCUCUAUCACCCACCUUCUGAUUUUUUUUAUUUAUUCAUUAAAAAUAUAUUGA